AUGAAGUCCGCCGCCAUCUUCACAGUUGCUGCCGCAGGCCUUGUCGCCGCCCAGGCAGGUCUCGAAGGCCAGCCAGCCUGUGCUACUCCCUGCCUCACCUCCGCCAUCGCCGCCGUCUGCACCCCAGCAUCAGACCAGGCCUGCGCCUGCGCGUCGCAGUCAGAGAUCGGCGCCCAGGCCGCGGGCUGCCUGCUGAGCAACUGCAGCUCGGGCGACCUCAUCCAGGCCCAGUCCGCCGGCUCCGCAGCGUGCGUCUCCUUCUCGGCCACGGCCUCCGAGACGGGCAGCGCCAGUGCCACCGCCACGGGGACCUCGUCCGGCAACGCCUCGGUCACCUCAUUCACAUCCUCCUCUGCGUCCGCCACCACGGGAUCCAACGCUACCUCCGCCUCGUCUGGGUCCUCGUCUACCGGCUCCGAGAGCAGCAGCAGCAGCAGCAGCACCAGGACGUCCUCAAGGACCAGCUCCGCUUCCGGCACCGCCGCGUCUGGCUCUGCGUCUGCGUCUGCGUCGUCUGCGGCUGGUGCGGCCUUUGCGAGCCCGGCUGUCAGCGGAGGUCUGCUUGGUGGCUUCCUGGCUGCCGUUGUUGCUAUGUUGUAA